CGUACGUUUCAAGAUCCACCUGAAACUCGCGUUGUUUCUUGGACUCGCAGCCAACAGGUGGGACGCGCUGUACUUUAUAGCUGCCAAGUAUCGUAUCAUUGAUUGGCAAAAGUUUAUAGUUUGAGUGAUACUGUGAGUGUACCCAUCGGAACUACUAAUGUAAUUUUGAAUUCGGUUUCCAAAAAAGUGUUGUUUCGUAAGUGUAUAAUAAUAUUCAAUUGAAGAAAUAUCUUGCCUGGACACAAAAGAAUUUAAAUACAAAUUUGAUUUCAUUCAUGUUUUUAAGGCACUGAUGCUCAUAAUGGAUAUGCAGACAUCGUCACAUCUAAGCCAUGGGCUCGGUACACUCUCACAUCAACUUCAACACCGAACUAUACACCAGCCGCAGAUUCUUCACAGUACCCAAGAACAAUCACAGAAUACAAACACAGGACAGCAUGAGCACGAUCACCAGCAUUUGCAGCACCAUCACCUAUUACAUCAACAGCAUCAGGCCGUUUCACCGACAUUGCACACUUUGCAAAGCACUCCUCAAGGUGAUAGCCUGAGCAUUGCUAUCAACCCCAAUCAAAAUCAGCAUGAUCAUCAACAUCAUGCCGGAAGUAACGUGUAUACCUCACCACAAAUGGAAGACAAGUCAAAAGCAAACAAGUUUGACGAAUAUUCGAGCAGGAUAUUGGGCAACAUUUCAGACACCACUACGCCGCCAUCUGGUAACAAUUUUUUGUCACAAGCCCAAGGCGUCGAAUGGAUGACAGCCAUGAACGAUGUGCAAAACGGGGCAGACGACUCGCAUAGUUCGCAAGGCAGUAUUUCUGGAGAUGGUCAUGGAGGCGUAAAUCAACUAGGAGGCGUGUUCGUUAACGGGCGCCCACUGCCCGAUGUCGUUCGUCAGCGAAUUGUGGAGCUCGCGCACAAUGGUGUCCGCCCAUGUGACAUAUCACGCCAGUUACGCGUGAGUCAUGGUUGUGUGUCUAAGAUACUAUCAAGAUAUUAUGAGACUGGUAGCUUUAAGGCCGGUGUUAUUGGCGGUUCCAAGCCAAAGGUAGCCACCCCGCCGGUAGUAGAUGCAAUAGCCAACUAUAAGCGCGAAAACCCCACAAUGUUCGCGUGGGAAAUACGGGAUCGGCUGUUGGCAGAAGCUAUUUGCUCCCAGGACAAUGUUCCCAGUGUUUCUUCGAUAAAUCGAAUUGUAAGGAACAAGGCCGCGGAGAAAGCCAAACACGUCCAUCAUCACCAGCAGCACCAUGUGCCACAGAGUCUUGGUGGGGGACACAUUGCAACAGAAAGCCUUGAUAGCAGCACAGGGACAAACGGGGAGCAGCCACAGGCACCGAGUGGCGGAACCAGCAGUAGCAGUGCUCACUCCGCUAACAUCAACGCUUCUGCGACGGCGAUUGCGCACGCAUCAAUAGCGACGUCAGGAUCUGAUUCUGUCCAAGUGCCGGUUGGCCAAGUUAACGUGACCGGCAAUGAUACCAGCAAUGGAAACAUCAACCCAACGACUGAACAACGAACGACUGGAUAUAGCAUAAAUGGAAUCUUAGGGAUACAGCAUGGACACCAUUCUCACAACAACAAUAACAGCAGUAGCGUCAACAACAAUAACAAUUCGGAUCCCAAUUGUAAACGCAAAAGAAUCGAAGCUCAUGAUGAGAACCGUGACACAAAUAUUCAUUCCGAAGAAGAUGUAAAACGUCAACGUAUGGGGUACAGCAGCGAUCAACUUUACCCAAAUAUUUGGUCAGGUAAAUGGUGUAUUAAGGAUGAGCACAAGCUUCUUGCCGAGCUUGGCAAUUUGACAACAGGUACCGGAAACUGCGCAGCCUCCUACUAUGAGGCUUCAAACGGCUUUUCAACAAACUCAAUAUCAGGAUCUGGUCCGACACCCACUGGUAGUGAUACGUCUAUGUUGUACGAUAGUAUUGCGACGAUUUCGCAAACUCAAGGCUCACUUUAUACACCGACAAUCGGACCAUCAAUUGGAGGCAGUUCGCUUACACCCUUAGUCCCUAUAAGCAUGCAUGAAAUGAAGCUUAAUGCAAAUUCAGUACAGGAACAGACUAUCGCUCCCUUUUACACAGCUCUUACGUUUGACGGCAACUACUCAACAAUGACCAGCUUGGAAAACGGCUCCGCCCCGCCAGUGGGACCAGGAAUCAUUGCUGUCCAAGAAGGCGCUGAUUCGGCUAACCUUUGCCCGAUUAGGAUUCACCAAGACCACUCGGAAAGCAAUAGUAACCGUGUUAAGGAGUCCCAGGCCACCAGUGAUGGAUGCAGGAAAGCGGAAAACAAAGAAGCUGAUAAACACAAUUCCAGUUUGGAAGCCAGUGAACAUAUUUCUUUACCGCACCUUAAUCAUGUAACCGAAGAGCAGUUGAUUAGAGGCAAUAGACGGGCUCCCUUAAACACAAUUACGCACACGUCUUCCCUAAUCCUCCUGCAGUCGAACGGAGGAAACCCGUCACUCAGUGUUAACCCGUCCGACGAUCGAUCAGACGUUGAAUCCAAUCUUCGUAAUAAUGUAGGCCUUUACUCAACAUCCACAGUGCUGCCAAGUUUUAGUCACUACUCCGCAGGUUGUAGCUCGGUUGUGCCCAGCACAGAUUACGCCUAUAACCCCGCCUAUACACAAUAUGGUGGUGCAUAUGGAUCCUAUGGCUACGGAGCUAGCGGCGGCUUGAUAAAUUCAUCCUACUACUACGAGGGCGGGCAAACUCAGUCGGCAUUAACACAAGACCUGCGUUCUCCUUUAGCUGCAACACGAGCGAACUCUCUUGCUUCGGCUGCUUCACCUGGAAGUGGAAGUGCGUGCACAAAAUCCGAGUCCUCGGACAUUUUUCUUGUUUAAUUUUAAAAAUUAAUCUUAAGAAGGUGGACAGUAGUGCCAAUCAACCAAUCAAUCGGUAGAGCACUAAUGCCCCGGAAAGAUUUUUUGCCUAAGCAGCUAUGAAGUAUAUAAGAAGCAUUCACUAAUUUACACAGAAACACCAAAUUGAACUUUUUCAAAUUUCCACAAUUGUACUUUUCCAUAAUAAUUGGGUGCUCCUGAGUAAAAUCCCCAAAUAAACGUAUGUUCCCUUUGCUAAGGGAUCCGCGGUAAAGCUAAUUAAUACGAAAAUCGGAUGUCUGACGGCAUUUUUUAUACUGCAGCCCAUAUAAUUGGAGUUAUUAUCAUUAUUAUCCAAGUCUUUGGAAUAUGACGUCAAAGUUGAAAAAUCAGAUUUUUAUACAAUUUCUCCAGUCCUCUAAAAAAUGUAUUCAAUGGAAUAUAUUAUAUUUUCUCUUUGAAUGUAUAGUUCUCUGUGUAUUGUAAUUUCGGUUUAAAUAGUAUUAAAGGUAAAAUAAAUUGGGCUAUUUAAAUAAUUAAAAGAAACAUUUCAUCUACUAUUAUUUGUUCUCCAAUUUAAAAAAAAAAGUCAUGGCGCCCAUUUUACCACUCCACUCCGUUUUUCAAUUAUAUAGUGACGUCAUAGCAAAACUUAAAUGGCCAAUAACUUCUAAAAUAAUAGCUUGAUUUUAAACAUUUUAAACAUACUUGUUUUGGGUAGGAAUUAUUCGAACCUGCAUGGCAAAUCCCAAAUCUCUAGCUUGUAUAGUUUCCGAGAUCUCGACGUUCAUGCAGACGGACGGACUGUCGGACAGAGAGACUAACUCGACUAUUGUUUCUGAUCAAGAAUAUAUUUACUUUAUAUGGCCGGAAACGCUUUCUUCUACCUGUCACACACUUUUCAACGUAUCCAAUAUACCCUUUUACCCUACGAGUAUCGAGUAUAAUUGUGUAACAUUAAUUAUAUGGGCUGCAUAAUUAAAAAGGUCUUUAAACAUUGGGUUUGUGUAUUCUUUAAACAUUAAUGUUAACAUUUUUAAAAGGUUUUGCAUUAUUUGUUACUGUAUUUUAAAGUUUUUCUUUUUGUUGUACAAACUUUUUUACAAAAACCACCAAUCGAAUCGGAAAAUACCAAGUUUAAAAUACGAAAAAUGCAAGUUUUAUUUUACAUUUAUAACAAGAAAUUAAAGUACAUUUAUAAACUGCGUUCUUUGCUUUCCGUUUAACAAUAAGAACGGGUACUUGCAAUACUAAGUACAUUUAAACACACAUUCGUAAAUACGUAAAAAUGUACAAGCUAAAGGUACACAUUAGCAUAAAUACAUACAUACGCGAAACCAAAUCUCGACCCUAUAAAAUUAAUCGUUUAAUUUAACGGAUUUAGUGAAUGACACAACUUUUUAUACAAACUUGCAUUUAUAAAUGAAUUUAAGUUAUAAGUUUAGGAGGCUUACAACAAUAUUUUAGAUAACUUGUGGUCGUAAAGACUACUCACAAACAUACGAAACCAAAAUGUCCAUAAUGCGAUAAUCAACCAAAAAUAUUAAAAGAAAAGUUUAAAAAACUUUUGAUAUAUUUAUUCCCGUUUAUUUUGUUCGAGCGUAAAAAACUUAAGAUUUCAUGUAAAAAUGUAUAUAAUUAAAAACCUCUUACAUAUACUAUCAAUUAAGCUUGUAGAGGCACCGAGUUUAAAUGUUCUUAAACAAGUACACAUCAACUACAGUGCAGCACGGAAUUCAGAGUACUUCCGAAAACAUAAUUAGGUGCACACUACCUAAACAAUUAAAUGUUGCACAGUAAAGAUAGUUCAUACAGCGCGUAAUACACGAGCUGUAUUAAAUUAUAAUACUUUUUAAUCUUACAUCUCUAUUCCAAGCUGCAAUUUAUUUAUUUUCUUGUGUAAUUCAUUACUUUAGUUGUUGGAAAAAUUGAAAAUUCAUGUUUUAAAUUAUGAUUAAUAAUUACUUUCAAGAUUUUGCAAUAUUUUGCUGAUUUAAUAAAAAUAGAAAACUGUGAAUGCUUAAAUGGAUGAACGAACUACACAGGCCAACAGCCAUUUUUGUGCAGACCAAAUUUUACAAGCUAGUACAGCGCUUAAACGUAAUGUCUUUAUCGCCUUCAAUUGCAAGUUAACUUUAGUAAAAAUUUAAAACCGAAAACCAAUCUCUUCCGGUUCAGAUACCAGUUUCGCACCACGAUUUUAUUUCAGUUUAGAUGUUUUGGAUCCGAUUAGGAACCGAUUCUUCCUUGUACAGCAAGAAAAUGUUGAAAAAUCAUAAUAAUAAUAUUUAAAAGUAUUUAUACACAUUAACUAGAUAAAAAAUAUAAUUAAAAUAAAAUAUCAAAGUAAAAAAUUUGUAUUCCAUUCAAGAUUCAGAUGUUAAAUCAGUUGAUUUUCGAUUUUAGUUUAUUUGCUUGUUGUUAAAUGCUUAGUCUAUAAAUUAUUAUUAAAACAAAAAUUUACAGUGAUUUUAAUUUUUUUAAUGCAUAUUUUUCAUUAAUAUUUGUUGUCAUUAUUUUGUGAGUGCAGAUUUAUCCAAUUUCUGUUAGCAAAUUUUAUUUUUUUGUAAAAGCAGUUGCGUUAAUUUAGUUUGUUAUCAGGUUUUUUUGAAUUAAACUUCAUCAGCAUUUAUUUUCGACGCAGUUAAUUAUUACAGUUAAUUGAUUUAAUUUUUUUUUAAAGAAAACAUAAAUGUCUGUUGGCCUCUAACUACAUACUUAUGUGUGAACAGACUAAAUCAGCACAAAUCCUAAUUCUUUUGGGCUUGGUAAUAUAAUCUAUACAUCCAAAAAAUUGUAAUAUUAUACUGUGACAGAAUCCUCACAAGGUGUAUUUUAAACAAGUAAAAUUAUGUAUGGCACGUUACCAUUUUCCAAACUAUUUGUAAGCUUGUAUACUGAUUUAAAAUACUCUAGUAGACUUCAGAACUGGACUUUUGAACUGGAUCUGGAUUCGUAAAGCUAUGUAUUUAGGCUUAGACUAGAAAUAGAUAACAGUUUAUAAUAAGAAAGCACAAACCAAAUUUAAAUGUAUUUAGAAAUAAAUAUGUGUGUAUCUUAAUAAAAUGAUAAAAGAAUCCAAAAAGAUCGAAAUGAUAUUUAAUAUGAUUAGCAAAACAUAGAUCAAAGAAAGUGAGAAUGCUGAGAUGUGGUCCAAGUAGUGUAGUUAAGAGUUAUUCCAUACGUAAAGAAAUAAAUAUCGUGCCCAGAAAAGGUAGGUGCUGAAUUCUGGUCUUAAUGUUUAAUAUUUGAGACAUCAUGAACAAAAAAAAAAAUCAAGUAAUGAAUGAGUGUUAUUCUCUAUUGUUUACAGCAUAAAGCUGGGAUAUUAUCCCCUGGGAUAUUCCCCCCGGAAUCCCUCGGGAAUUUUAAAUUGUAGGCCAUUCCCAAGGAGCUCCCGAGGAAUUCUCCAGGAAUUCUUUUGAAAAUCCCUAGGAAUUCUCUCCGACAAUUUUGUUGGAAGUCCCUAGGUAUUCCUUAGGAACUCCUGGGGAAUUCUUUAAGAAAAUUGAAGGAAUCCUACCGAAAAUCCUUGUCAAAAUCCUCACACGUUCCUGGGGAAUUCCUUGGAAAUUCUAUGAAAAAACGCAGAAAUUCCACUGGAGUUCCCUCAGGAAUCCUCAAAGAAUUCCUAGUAAAAAAUUACAUAUAAUAGAUUUUUAUUGAACUAAUUUAUUUAAUUUUUUUUAUUUAUUAUUUCUUUAUUUUUGCUUUUUGUUCUUGCUUGUGUAAUUUUUAAGGAGAUUUCGACUCAGCAAAGCCGUAAAAAAGCAGUGACAAUCUGAAGAAAACUGCCCGGAUUACCUUUAAUUCAGAAAGGUUCUUCCCUAGUCACGACUAAUUCAGUAUCUGUGGCCAGUAAAGAAAAGAAAUUGGAUCGGCUGGAUGAUAAUCUUUGGCGAUUUUGAGAAGUUGAAAGCUGCAAUGAGCCAAUAAUUCGAGUUUCCAAAGAAGAGUUAGAUUGUGGACGCAUUUUGUCAAACCUGUCACUUGCUUACCAGCAGGUGAUUAUUGUAUUAGGCUCCCUGCCAAGUUUACCCUGGCUUUAUUGGGAGAUUCCUACGAGCAAGCGCGUCGUAGAUUCUGGUCUCUCGAGAUAAAGCUUGAGCAUCGCCCAGCUGUAAAGGCUCAAUACGCGUCGUUUAUAAAGAAGUACUUGUAUAUUGAUCUGGGACACAUGACUCUCUGGUUCCUGCCGUUGAUACCAUUUCGUGUCGAUAUUUUUUGCCUCAUCAUUGUGUCAUAAAAGAAGAUAGCUCUACCACAAAGCUUGGCGUCGUUUUCGAUGGAUCGGCGGCCACCUCAUCCGGCUAUUCUCUGAGUGUUCACGCUACGUAUUUAGCGGUAAGGGCCAUGCAUUAAUUUUCAAUAGAUGAGCAGGCAUCUUUUCCACUUGGAGCUGAGAUUCUUAUUCGUGACUUCUAUGUAGAUGAUCUUCUAACUGGCGCCAAAUCUGAGAAAGAAGCUACCACCAUUAGGGAGGUAGGGUAGGUAUCUCGAAUCCUAGCUAGAGGUAAGUUCAUGCUCCGAAAAGGGAGAAAAUGGAAUUUAUAAUACCCUCUGCAAGGGUAUAAAAAGAGGCAAACAGAGUUAAAGUUUCUAUUUCAGAAUGAAAAGUGAACUUUUGAAGAAACGUUUGUCUUAGAUUAUACAAACCUCCAAAAAGACUUUGGGUUAUGUCUUGGCCCGCUCUCGACGUCUGAUAUAUACUGAUGGUAAAGAAAUUUAUUUCAAAACUCAAAUUUCCGUUUGUGUGGCAAGUGCCUAUUCCAAUCAGUCGGAUCACACGUUACUAAGAUUUUUUUUAUAAAUACUAUUCAGUAUUAAAACUGAGAGACUAGUUUACGUAGAAAGACGGACAUGGUUCGAUAAACUCCCUUGGUGAUUUCAUUCAAGAAUAUAUACCUUUUAAUACCCGUAAAUAUUUUUUGUUUGACCCAAAUAAGCAUCCUUUAUUCCUUUCUGUUUGCAUUGCCCAUUACUCUAUCCACAAAAAGCAGAAUUUAUCUAAAUAUCUUAU